GUCGGUCGAAAGGCCCGAGUAUAUCCCCGUUCGCAGCAGUGCCCUGCUGAAGCGCCAACCCUUCGUGAGCGGCCCCGGUCCCAAGAUUCCUGCGAGCCUCCACGGCUUCAUUCAGCAGGCGGUGCAAAAGGCCAUUCAGGAUGCCAUUGCUGGCUUCGACAUCGCCUCUUUGCUGGGUGGUGCCGCCGCCCCGGCUGCCCCUAGGAACUCGCCACCUGUUGGCUCAAGAGCCCACCGACGCAGGAAAGCCCGGCUCAAAAAGGCGGCCUCCAACCUUGCACGCGCCGGCGGCUCGCAAGCUCAAGCCAGCCCGACCCGACAGGUCACCUUAGGCCCCGAGACGAGUGCUCAGGCAAAAGGCAAGGGUAAAGGCGCCAAAAGCCCUCAGGCUGGCAAGGCUCAAGGCAAAGCUGCUGCUGCUUCUGCACCGCAGGCCGGCAAAGGCAAAGGGGCCGGCAAGGCACAGCCGACCAACCAGCCCAAGGCCGAGGAUCAGUGGACCACCGUGCAGCGCCGCAAGCCUGAUAAACCCGAGGCCCAGUGGAAGCUCCGAGCUACCGACUGGGAUGCCAAGGUUUACAUGUACCAUGAGGUUGCCGAGGCGCUUCAGAGUUUACCGGGCGGCGGGUCUUUUAAGGCGGUUGUCUUGUGUGAGUCUCAGGACCAGCUCGAUACCAUCGCCGGGCUGCUCAAGCACUCGGGCACCCAACAUGCCGUUCGUUUGGUGGUUGUUGCUGCCAAGGCCUCCGAGGGCGAGCGUUGCCCGGGUGAAGUGGGCUCGCAAAGGGCCUUCCGCCAUGUGCAUUUCAGCAAGAUUUUCACUGCGGGCCUUCAGGUGCCCGGGCCGGCGGUCACCGGGGCUGCCCUUAAGCCUGUUGCCGAAACCCCCACCAUGAUCUUGUAUGUCCGCUUUCAUAAGCAGUUCAUGCUCAAGGCCAAGUGGGAGGAUGCCCUUCGUGCCCCACAGGCCGCCUUUCACUUGUGGGUGGCCACUCACGGCCUUCGGGUGCGGGACUCCUUUGCCUGGUCCAAAGAACGCCAAAACCAGGAAGUCUCUUCGGUGUUUGGGCUCGCGAGGGUCGAUGUUGCUGAUGCACAGGCCAUCGUCGCUUUGAGUGGUCAAGGCCUCUUCGUUGACCCUUCGAAACGGUCGGGGUUCCCUGACUACACCACCGAGUGGAUCGACAAGCUCCCGAAAGAACAGCCCCUGGACUACCUUGCUAGGGCCGGUGCUCUAGGAGCUCAGUUUGGCUUGGUGUGUGGCACUCGCAGCCUGGGGCGCCGUACGGCCCGUGACCCGAGCAAACCGACGGCUCGAACGUGGAUGCUGGAGAACACCCCGCAUUGGUGGACCCCGGCUCAAGCCGAGCGCGCCGUGAGCACUGUGUUCUCCGAGGUUAAGAUGCUCCGGCAAAGGCGCAGCCGCUCGGGAUGCACCUUCUCGUUCAGAGGCUCGCAUACCACUGCCCACGAUAUGGUGGCUUUGCCGCUUGAGGCGGAGAACGGCGCCGAGGGCCAGACGCUUUGGUGCCGAUGGGCGCCGCCGGCACGCACCGUGCAACGCCAGGCGAUUCACACUUCGGGUUCGUGGUCGCUUGUUCGCCCUGCCGAUCCCUUUGCGACGUCGGAGACCACAGCCCAGCCUAAGACCGAUAAGCCCGAGGACCCCCAAGGCACCAAUAGCCCGGCCGAUGUCGAGAUGGCUCCCGCGGGCCAGGCCCAGGCACAGGCACAGGUUAAGCAGCGGGCUCCCGAUGCCUCCGCCCCUCCUGCUAAGAGGCGUCAGGCAGAGCAACGGGCCAUCCCGCCAGGCCUUGUGCUGCAUGAGAUUCCCAAGGAAGGCAAUUGUCUUUUUGAGGCAUUCGCCAAAGGCCUGGCUGCCACCACUGGCAAAGAACAGCUUCACCACCUGUUGGUGCGAGCUGAGUUGAUCCAGCACUUCGUCAAGAACCGCUCGGUCUACGAGGCCCAGUGGGAUAAGGAGCUACCAAACGGAAGCCAAGGCGAGAGCUUUGAAUUGUACAUCGAGGAAAUGGCCAAACCAAAGGUUUGGGGCGGCUUGCUUGAAAUCCGGGCCCUGGCCAGGAUGCACAACGUGCGCAUCACCGUCGUGCCCCGGGCUUUGUCCGAGCAAGUUUUCACUGUGAAGCCGGGACAGAAGCAGAGGCAUGUGGGGCCAGCAGCAGGCACACUGUGUGGACAGAUGGCUCUGAGGCUGCCGGGCCGAGCGCUCGCACCGCUCCGCGCCAGAGUGCCCGUUCUACUUCGUCGGCUGCUCCCUCUAGGCGCCCAUGAUGGUGCCAGCCGGCACGCCGAUGAGGAUGUAGUGGUGCAGGCUCGGGCUGAGGAUCAACUUGAAGCGAUGGUGCAGGAAUGCGCUACCGGCCCAAAGCGCAAGUUUGCUACCACUGACCCGGCUGCAGCCCAGAAGAUCUUGAAAAAUCACUUCGGUUCUCACCACCGUGGCGGCGUUGUCUGCUGGCCGCCCUCGGGUCGCUCGGGACAAGAUCGCUCCGAGCGGGCCCUGGCCACGACCGUCACAAAGUUUAAGGUUGGGGCUUUCCUCCGGGAUCACUCUGUGGACAUUGCUGUCCUUCCGGAAGCCGACAUCACUGCGGCCUCGUGCCUCCCCUUCUGCAAUGCCUGGCGUGCUCGUGGCAUGCACGCGGCCCUUAGCCCUUUGGAGAAUGGCGUGGCCAGGGCCGCCACCCGGCACGUUGCUGUCGUGAUGGACCUCAAGGAUGCCGGUUGCGACGCCACGGCCUCGGGCCAGACGGCCGACAUUGCACAG